CAGGGAUCGCAAUUGGUCGAUCUGCCUCUUUGAAAUCCCAGGUCUACCUGGUAGGGGGGCCCAGCAGGAUUUCAAGGGGCUCAAUGAUGCUGACCGAACGAACGAACGACUGACUUGCUUAAUGCGACGCUGUUCGGUAGAACAUGGGGUAGGCAGUAUUUAAAGGAGCUGGUCGCCCAUGUGAUGUAUUCGAGAUGGAGCUCUGUAACCAUCCUCACUGUCGUUAAGUCCAAUUGCAAAAAUGCGUGCCCAAUUCAUUCUUUCGGCUUUGCCAAUUCUAGGCGCACAAGGCGCGCGUAUCCUUCAAUCGAACGACGAUGGCUGGGCGGAGCUGUACAUUCGCUCUCUAAACGGCGCGCUCAACGCUGCCGGUCACGAUGUCGUUCUCUCCGCGCCUGCUGACAAUGGCUCUGGUACAGGAUCAUCCGACAAGGAGCCCUCUCCGCGCACCGACCCCUGCGAAUACGACAGCUGCCCCGCCAACAGCGGCCCCGUCGGCAGCAACGCGACGAACCCGCGCCUGAACUGGGUGAACUCCUUCCCCGUGACCUCCGUCCGCUACGGCAUCGACACCUUCGCCCCCCAGAUCUGGAACGGCCAGGGCCCCGAGCUCGUCGUCUCCGGCCCGAACGUCGGCAGCAACCUCUGGCUCGCCGUCCCGUUCUCCGGAACCGUCGGCGUCGCAGUCUACUCGAGCCACGAGGCCGGCAUCCCGGCUAUCGCGUUCUCGGGCGCCUCCGACGGCAACCUCGCGUUCAAUACCAGCCCGGUCCCGGCAAGGAGCACCGUGUACGCGCAGCUCGCGACGCAGUUCACGAAUGCGGUUUUGGCUGCUGGGGCGCCUUAUCUCCCCGAGGAUGUCUGGUUGAAUGUAAAUUUCCCGAAGGUCGAGGGCGAUUGCACGGAUCCGGCGAAGUUCAAGUGGGUGCUGAGCCGUAUCAACCCUGGUGUAUUCUCCGACAAGGACGUCGAGACUUGUGGCAGUGAUCGGUUACCGACUGAGAAUAGUGUGAUUAAUGCAGGUGGCUGCCGGAUUUCGGUUAGUGUGGGCGAUUCGACGGACAAGACGACAGCGCCGGCUGAGAAGCAGGCGGUUGUGCUGCAGAAGUUGGGGGGCUUGUUGAGUUGCUUGGAUUAAGGAUCUGUACCCUGUGAAAAUUAGUAUCUUCC